AUGGCUCGUUUUGAUCUAUUGCCAGUCGAGCUCUUACGUAUCAUUGGCCACUCUGUCGCCGGAGAGGCCAUUGUCGGCGUCAGGAACAAACGCAAUCUAAAGGUUCCAAGGGCACCAAGAGCAAUUGGCUACGGCAACGGCGACCUUGCAGCAUUGGCACGUACAAAUCGACGCUUUAAUCAGGUUUUCGAGCCACUCCUCUAUCAAUGGGACGCACAACAAAUAGACGGAGGCAGUGCCGUCAUUUGGGCCCUUGACAAUAUGUCCAUGGGUACACUCGAGAGAUCACUAGCCUCGGGGUUUGAUUUCAACUCAGAUCUUGCGACCUGGUGGGAUGGGAUGGAUGAUGAAAUUUGUGAUUUUGCAAUCUUCCAUGCAGUCCAGGCAGGUCGGGAGCCUAUGCUGAAAUGGCUAUUAGAGCAUGGAGCAAAGCCAGACUUGUGCGAGCCUCUAGAGAUCGCAAAUUUACCCCUACCUGUGAGCUACGAACAACGUUCUGCGCUGAGUAUGGCCAUGGAUCCACCAGGCAAUGAAGAAGCUGCACUGAUUCUACUGGACUAUGGCGCUAGAGUCUUGCUUGCAGAGGAGUGGGAUGUUGGACAGGACUUGUCGAUUACAAGUGCGCUGCAUGAAGCUGUAAGAAACGAUUUCACGAGGGUUGUUGAACGCCUACUCCGAGACGGAACUAUUCCAGUCAAUCAUCGUGAUUCUGACAAUAUGUCAGCCCUGGAACUCGCCGCCAGGGAAAUCAGCCCCAAUUCCGCCAUGAUCGAGCUGCUUUUACGAUAUGGAGCGGAUCCCAUUCGAGACGAUGAGACACGUUCCCCCACAGCGGUUUGUUUGGCUUUUGCAGUAGGCAAUCCCGACAACAUAGCUCCUUUGCUACGACACAUUACCAAAGACCCUUCCAAUAAGGACUUCUUCUCUCACAACCUCUUGUGGAUUUUAUUGAACAUGGUGACUGAUCGACCAAUGUCAAUGGCUUUCGGAAGCGAUGCGGGCCCCUCUCAAUAUAAAAGCAUCGUUUCGAAGUUGGUUGAGUUCGGCGCCGACUUCAAUAACCCCCCGCCACCGUAUGCACCCCAGCACGAGCAUGGUAAGUUUGAUGCCUUCUGA